AAAUGAAUAAUCAAGGGGAGAAUUCAAAGAUAGAAGCAAUUAUUUAAUGGUCUAAGGAGUUGUUUAGUUUGGAAGGACAAGUUAAAAGAUUCACUGCAGGUUGAGAGCAAUUAUAAAAUUAGAAAUGAAUGAAGUCGUAUCAUUAUGUACCAAAGAGAAAUAUGAAUUGAAUUUUGUUCAAAAUACAAAAUCAAAGAGAUGGAUAGAAUUGGAUGUAAUAAUGGUUAUCAAAUAAUAAGAUUGGGAUCAAAUAAAAAGUAGAAGUCUAUGCAAAUAAUGAAUUGUAAAAUGUAGAUUUGAUUGUCUUUACAAUAUAAAUUGGUGCUCAAUAUCCAGUAAAGGAUGUGAGAAUAGUGUGCAAAACUACUGUAAUUUUAAUUAUUUAGUGAAGUUCGUUAGACCUACCUUGGCAGAUGGCAGAAACCUGAUAGCUGAUGUAUUGUUGCAGCCAUGGAAUUACAAAUUAUCUUUGGUUUCCAUAAUUAAAUAGAUCCCAUCAUUUUUAGUAUUCCGCUUAAUAAUAUGAUUCAUAGGAUCGUGUACUAUUGAAUAGAUUUGAUAAGAUCUAUCUUUAAAACAUAGGUCAAUAUUAUUUAGGUAGUUCCUAUUCAAUAGAUGAAUUGAAGGAUUUUCCAGAUUUAGCCAGAUUUCCAACAAUUCAAUAAUAGAAUGCCUUUUUCUAAAAUAUUUAAGUGAGGUUAGAAUAUACAUAUAAAUAAAUAGGUUGAUUGGAUUGAGUGAUGCUCAUUUUUAUUUAUUUGAGAUGAUAGAAGGGAAAGAUGAUUAUGUUCGACUGAUAUUCAGGGCUCCACUUUAGAGUUGUGUCUAAUUAAAAAGAAAGAAGGACAAUAGCACAUAAUUGUCAAUCACUUGGAAGAAUUACAAAAACAAACAAGAAGAACAAUAGAUAUUUACUAUAAAUGAAUAUGACAAGUUUAUAAGAUUGUUUUUGAGGAGAUUGAAUCAAUAUCAACAUGUGCGAAUGACAUCGAAUUCUUAUAUGGUAUUUGGAGAUUAGCAAUUGGCUGAGAAAUAGAAGAUCAACUCAAUCAUGAAGAAUCUAAAUUAAUUGGAGAAUGAGAUUGAUAAGAAAUUUAAUCAAUAGACAAUUAAUAAGCUGAUGGAUUUAUAUCAAUAAGUAAUAUUGCAGUUGAAUAUGAAACUAGGCAAUUGAAUUUUAUUCAUCUGCCAGCGAUUACUUGUAUGAGAUCUAUUUGAAUAAAUUACAGACAUUGAUACAGAGAUAAGAUGUAUAAGUUAUUUUAUAAUAUAAAUGA